AUGGCUCCCGCUACCAACCACCGAGAGUCAUGGGACUCUCUUUCCUCCACCUUCGGUCAACUCGAAGUUUCAUUCACGCAAGACAGCUGCUACGGCUCGGACGAAUUGUCAGUUUCGUCGAAAACCACCGCUCCGCUAGAAUCUAGCGCUUCUACAUUCAUCCCCAAACGUGAAGAGCCAUCUCUCCAUCCAUUCCUCAAAUCUAUUCUCAAGAACUCUACCUCAAAUUUGCAAGACGAGGAAUCUGAUAGCGACUCCGAGUCAGGUUAUGGAUCGGAUGAUAUUGAGUUUGAUUACGAUGCUCUAUCCGAAGAAGAGGACGAUGAGGAUGACAUGUCUGAUUUUUCUGUCUGGGAUGACGAAACUUCGCACGAUGUGCCCGAAACUCAUCGCGACCACACUGAUUCAUUCGACGACUCCUUCAUCGGCUUUGAGACCUCAGUGCGGUUUGACCCCCAAGUCCAAUACAUUGACACUCCUGAAAUUGAAGCUGAGCCCUUGGAACCUGAGUCGGAAUCUCAUCCAGAGAUGACCGUGCAUGAGAUGAUGCUACUUGCCCAAAAGGCGGGCUGUACCCAGAGCUCCUUGGACCAAUCUGAUGCAGAUGAUCUCCAUGACAACGGUCACUGUCGUCGCAAGGAAUUUUCUCGAAUAAACGCCACCCAGCUAGAAGAUUUCACACGCGAUGCCGUUGAUGUCGAUCAGCGUCUAUUCAUCGCAUACAUGCACGGGAUUCAUGGUAUCGCGGACACAAAUUAUAAGACCUAUCUCCGCACCCAGGCGGACAAUAUCAGACUUGGUCACGAGACAGAGUCCAUGCACCCAGACGAUCCCCCUUGCAUGUAUCUGGACCUAAUUCUUAAUCAUGUAAUCGGAGUUUUCAGGAAUCUCCUUGCUGCGGAUGAACUGAAUGGACUGAUCGCACUCCGCCAGGAAGAUUUGGCCAUUGAGCCUGCUUCCGAGACUGCUCUGCCCUCGUCUUCAAACCCCCAUCAGGUUUUGCUGGACAAGAUCGAACACUUUCUCCUUAACCGCCUGACAAAUGGCGAUGUGGACGUUCUUCCCGAUGAGCUGAGCUUCUUUGCUGGUGGAAUUGCACACGCACUCGGCACUGAUAACUUGCCAGCAUUAGUCUGA